ACUCAUUGCAAGUAGUGGUCAUGACCCUAUUGGUUCACCAGGAAGAGUCCCUCCUUCUCUCCUCAGAUUUAAGUCACUACCUAAGCUUACCAGCUACCAAGACAUCUCAACAUGUUGGGUGUGAUCAUCGGUGCUGCAUUAGGAGGAGCUGGAGCUGUCGUUGCUGCUCCCGUAGUCCUGGGUGCUGUGGGCUUCACUGGGGCAGGAAUUGCAGCGGGAUCCAUAGCAGCCAACAUGAUGUCAGCAGCAGCAAUCGCCAAUGGGGGUGGAGUUGCAGCAGGAAGCCUGGUAGCCAUACUGCAGUCUGUGGGGGUUGCUGGACUCUCUACAUCAUCCAACAUCAUCCUGGGCUCUGUUGGGGCUGGCUCUGUUGGGGCAGCUCUUCUGGCCUUGCUUUGAACUUACUGAUGACACUUCUGCAGUUGAACCUACUGCCUAUAAGGAAUAUCCAGAAGACAGUGUACCACAUGAUGAUCCCCAUAUCCAUCACUGAAGUCAGAGAAAGAUGAAAAAUAAAGGUUAUAUGCUUGUA